UACGCACUUCCUCCGUCCAUCGACGAGCAGCAGCAGCAGCGGCGGCGGCGGCUCGCGUGUGUUUGAGCCGGUGGAACACGCAGCCAUGGAGAACAAGACACAGAUUCAAGAGGCCAUUAAAAUCCAGGGGGAAGUUGUUCGAAAAUUAAAAUCCGAAAAGGCGAGCAAAGAACAGAUUGAUGAAGAAGUGGCCAAACUUCUGGAGCUGAAGGCUCAGUUAGGAGGAGACGAUGGCAAAACCCAGUUUGUGCUCAAAACCCCAAAGGGAACACGGGACUACAACCCCAAACAGAUGGCCAUCAGAGAGAAGGUCUUCAGCACCAUCGUCAGCUGCUUCAAAUGCCACGGAGCAGAGACCAUCGACACGCCAGUGUUUGAGCUAAAGGAAACCCUGACGGGGAAGUACGGAGAAGAUUCAAAGCUCAUCUACGACCUCAAAGACCAGGGAGGAGAGCUGCUGUCCCUCAGAUACGACCUGACUGUGCCCUUUGCACGUUAUCUGGCCAUGAACAAGAUCACCAACAUCAAGCGCUACCAUAUUGCUAAGGUCUAUCGCCGUGACAACCCAGCCAUGACCCGUGGGCGCUACCGGGAGUUUUAUCAGUGCGAUUUUGACAUAGCGGGCCAGUACGACGCCAUGAUCCCCGACGCAGAGUGCCUGAAAAUCGUCCAUGAAAUCCUCAGUGCGCUGGAGCUGGGAGACUUCCGCAUUAAGGUCAACGACAGACGCAUCCUUGACGGGAUGUUCGCCGUGUGUGGAGUUCCAGAUGACAAGUUCCGGACUGUCUGCUCAACUGUGGACAAACUGGACAAGAUGUCGUGGGAGAACGUGAGGAAGGAGAUGGUGGAUGAGAAGGGCUUGUCCGAGGAGGCUGCAGACCAGAUUGGGGUGUACGUCAGCAUGCAGGGUGGAAUGGACCUGGCAGAGCGCCUCCUUCAGGACCCAAAAAUGUCUCAGAGUAAGCAGGCCUGCGCCGGUCUGUCCGACAUCAAGCUCCUGUUCAGCUACCUGCAGCUCCUUCAGGUCACGGACAAGGUGGUGUUUGACCUGAGUCUGGCCCGUGGUCUGGAUUAUUACACCGGAGUGAUCUUUGAGGCGGUGCUGACACAAGCUUGCAUGACCCCGGUCUCUACUGACACCCAGAACGGGUCAGAAGAGAAUGUCAGUGUGGGCAGCGUGGCUGGAGGGGGCCGGUACGACGGGCUGGUGGGCAUGUUUGACCCAAAGGGCCGGAAGGUUCCAUGUGUCGGCGUCAGCAUCGGGAUCGAGAGGAUUUUCUCCAUCAUGGAGCAGAAAGCUGAGGCCUCAGCAGAGAAGAUCCGGACCACUGAGGUCCAGGUCAUGGUGGUGUCCGCUCAGAAGAACCUGCUGGAGGAAAGACUCAGACUCGUCACUGAGCUCUGGAACGCUGGAAUAAAGGCUGAGAUGAUGUACAAGAAGAACCCCAAACUGCUCAACCAGCUGCAGCACUGUGAGGAGGCGGGUAUCCCACUCGUGGCGAUACUGGGAGAACAGGAGUUGAAGGACGGAGUGGUUAAACUGCGUGUGGUGGCCACCAGAGAGGAGAUGGACGUGUCUCGAGCUGAUGUGAUCAGUGAGGUCAGGAGGAGAACCUCUGAAGCCUAACCAGGGUCUUAUUUCUAGAACUUCUGAACCAGUCCUUAGUAAAGCAUGAUGGACCUGAAAACAGGGACCUGGUUCUGCCAGCAGCCUCGUGGACUGGCGGGGCUCAGGGAGGAGCUCAUGCUGCUCCUCUGAAGGCUGCUUGUGUUCCAUCAAACUGCCUCUUUAAAACGUUCAACUGUCCUGUGUUUUGGAUUUCACCUGAAAGGCGUCACUUUCAGUGUUCACACGUAGUAUGCUCUGGGGAGUAGAUAUUCUUCAUUAAAGGCAUCUUG